AUCUUCCAUUGGUUCUAUUGGACACUUUUGGCAGGUGCUUUAUUAUUUGCGUUACAGUGCAAUGGCUUUAGGAAGAAAAAAUGCGACUCGUCUCCCACCUGAAGUUAACAGGAUAUUGUUGGUAAAAAACUUGCCGUAUAACAUAUCAGCAGAAGAAAUGUAUGAUAUUUUUGGGAAGUAUGGUGCUAUCCGUCAAAUUCGUAUUGGUAACACUCCUGAAACUAAAGGCACUGCUCUGGUUAUUUACGAAGAUAUCUUCGACGCUAAAAAUGCCUGUGAUCAUCUCAGUGGUUUCAAUGUGUGCAAUCGAUACCUUGUAGUUUUAUAUUACCAGAGGAAUAAGCAAUUUAAGAAAACUGAUGUUGAUAAGAAGAAGGAAGAAUUGGACCGUUUGAAGGCAAAGUAUGGUUUAAAUACUCCGAAGGUGAAAUAAUAAUGUUGUCAUUUGUGAACAACUGUCCGAUGAAUUAUCUUCAUCUGAAUUCUUCGAAUGUGUGCGUGUGUGUGUAUUACACACGAAGUUGUAA